GUUUGCGCGGGAAAAACCGAGGAAUUUCCCGCCGGUUCGCGCCGGCCGCGGUUCAUCAUUCUUUGGCCUCUCCGAAACCUAGAUCCCAAAUCGACCCAAGCCAUGGCCGCCGCCGCCGUCGCCGACGAGGUCACCGAGGCGAUGGAGCAAGUCGAAGGGGAGCGUGAGGAGGCCGACGCGGUCGCUGAUGAGGCCGCCGAGGUGAUGGAGCAAGCCGAAGGGGAGCGGGAGGAAGCCAUCGAUGCGGUCGCCGGCGAGGCCGGCGAGGUGAUGAAGGAAGUCGUCGAAGGGGAGCGGGAGGAGGCGAAUGCCAUGGCCGAUGAGGCCGAUGAGGCGAUGGAGCCGGAAGGGGAGCGGGAGGAGGAGGCAGACGCCGUCGCCGACGAGGCCACCGAGCCGAUGGAGCAAGUCGAAGGGGAGGGGGAGGAUGGCGACGCCGCCGCGCAACGGCCGGCGCUGCCGCUGGGGAGGGUGAAGCGGAUCAUCCGGGUGGACCGUGACAUCAAGAAGGUGACCAACGAGGCGGCGCUGCUCAUCGCCGCGGCCACGGAGCUCUUCGUCGGCUCCCUCGCCGCGGGCGCCCACAGGGCCGCCUCCCGGCGCGGCCGGCGCGCGGUGCGUGCCGUGCACGUGCGGGCCGCCGCGCGCGAGCACCGCCCCACCGCCGACUUCCUCCUCGACUGCCUCCCCGCCGCCGAGGAGGCGGCGCCUGCUCGCGCGGCUGCCGCCGGUCCCAGCCGCGGCGGCGGAAGAGGAGAGGCAAAGCCGUUGCCACGUGGGACCCGCCGCAUCGACGCGUUCUUCCAGAAGACCACCUAGUGGUGUUCCCUCUCUGUAUGUGUCUAAUGCAUCCGCUGCUCUAAAUGUUUGGAGAAAAAUUUCACUCGCAGAUGAAACUAUGAAUUUUUAUCAUUUCGUUA